CCUCUCGUGUAUUUUCGGGGAACGGCGAGUCCCGGCUCAAACGAGCCUGACGUCUCGCGCUGCAUACGUAGCUACGCGGUGCUGGUGGUACGCGCUGGAGCUGGGUGUGAAGAUGGCGGACGAAGAGGCCGAGCAGGCCGAACGGGACCGCGCUCUUGUGAACGGUACCAGCGAAACGAUUGGGGAACUCAGACAACGGCUGCAACAACUGCAAGAAGUCGUAGUGAGACAAAGCGACGACCCUCCGGCCCAGUCCAGUUCUGAGUACUGCCAAGAGUUCUGCAGGACACUGCUUGAGUACGCAGACCGUUGGAGUAUAGAGGACCAGCCUUUGCCGUUGGUGGAAGUGUACAUAGUUGCCCUGCUGAGUUAUGCCCAGGCCUCUCCAUACCUCUCCCUGCAGUGUGAAAAUGUCCCUCUUGUGAUUGAGAGGCUCUCACUGAGCUUUGUGGAGCUUUUACUCUCACUGAAGAAGGCUGUUCCAGAUGGUUUAUGGAAAGAAUUCAAGUCAUCUGUGCAGUUUGCUUACAGUAAGCUGCAGGAGAAUGGAAUCACUCAGCUGUCCCUGCUGUCUGCUCUGGGCCAGCAUGAUGGGGUUUGGACCAACAGGGUCCUGCAAGGCCUUCUGUCCAAUGAGGACCUUCAGAGUGAACAUGUUGAGGAGUUCCUGGAGCAGGAGGGGCUUGUCCUGUUGGAGAUGAGAGUGAAGCAGCUGAUAAAGGAGAAUCAACUAGGGAAGGCUGCACUGCUGGCAAAGACUUGCUCCCAGUGUCCUGCCUUCCAAGGGAAGGGACCUUUCAAGCAGAUGUACCUCGUCUGCCUCUGUGCUACCUCAGAACAGAAUCAGCUGAUGGAUGAGCUUUCAAAGGUGGACUGCCGUGAUGCACUAGAGAUGAUCUGCAACUUGGAGUCUGACGGAGACGAGAGGGCAGCUUUCAGCUUAUGCUCGGCCUUUCUGACCCGACAGCUCCUCCAAGGAGACACAUACUGUGCUUGGGAACUCACUUUGUUUUGGAGCAAGCUGCUGAAGCGAUUGGAACCAUCAGAGCAGGCCUUUCUCGACAGAUGCCGCCAGAUGUCUUUACUUUCCAAAACCAUGUACCACAUCCUGUUCCUCAUCAAGGUCAUCCAAUCAGAGAUUGACAGCGUUGGACUGCCAGUGUGCAUUGAAAUGUGCAUAAGGGCUUUGCGGAUGGAAUCAGAGGAUGGAAGCACCAAAGCCACUGUGUGUAAAACUAUUUCUUGUUUGCUUCCCACUGACUUGGAAGUCAAGCGAGCCUGCCAGCUGACAGAGUUCCUUUUGGAGCCCACAGUGGAUUCAUACUAUGCUGUAGAGACUAUUUACAAUGAACCAGAUCAAAAACUAGAGGAGGAGAAUAUGCCUGUUCCCAACUCACUACGCUGCGAGCUUCUGCUGGUUUUUAAAACCCAGUGGCCUUUUGACCCGGAGUUCUGGGACUGGAAAACACUCAAGCGCCAUUGUCUAGCAUUAAUGGGUGAAGAAGCUUCAAUUGUGUCAUCCAUUGACUUGCUGAAUGAUACAGAGGACCCUGAAGAAGAGGAAGACUUUCUCAGUCAGGAGGAGUAUAAGAGUAUCCCAGACCACUUAAUCAGCGGCACCUAUGAACUGAAAGAUAUAACAGACAAGAGACAAAAAAACAGAGAAAUGAAGAAACUGAGAGAAAAGGGUUUCAUAUCAGCCAGGUUCCGAAACUGGCAGGCAUAUAUGCAGUACUGUGUGCUAUGUGACAAAGAGUUUCUUGGCCACAGGAUUGUACGCCAUGCACAGACUCAUCUGAGUGGUGGAGUGUACAGCUGCCCAAUAUGUGCUCAAACCUUUACCUCAAAAGACACAUUGAUUCCCCACGUAACAUCACAUGUUAAGCAGUCUUGCAAGGAAAGGCUGACUGCAAUGAAAACAAACAAGAAAUUGGCUAAUCCUAAAACGGCUGCCCCUGUUAUGGCUGCAUUAAAGGCAAAGACAGAGAAUGAACUUCAUGAAAAUGCUGAUUCCCUGGGGCAAAAUGGUGCGUUGGUCAACAACGUGCAGGCCAGAGUGGCUAAUUCUAACGUGAACUGUAGUGAGGAAAACGUGUGCCCUGUCGGAAAAUGCAGAAGGAGCUUCAAAUAUUUCAAAAAUCUUGUUGCACAUGUUAAAGCCCAUGGGGACAACGAGGAAGCGAAAACUUUCCUUGAAAUGCAGAGCAAAAAGGUUGUCUGCCAGUAUUGCCGCCGCCACUUUGUUAACGUCACACACCUUAAUGAUCAUUUACAGGUCCACUGUGGCGUGAAGCCUUACAUCUGUAUCCAGCUGAACUGCAAGGCAAGUUUCCUGUCCAACACUGAGCUUCUAGUACACAGGAAAACACAUUCUGUAUUUAAGGCUAGAUGCAUGUUUCCAAACUGUGGAAAGAUUUUCAAUGAGGCCUUCAAACUCUAUGACCACGAGGCACAACAUUAUAAAACUUUCACUUGUAAAGUUGUGGACUGUGGAAAGGUAUUCCAUACACAACAGCAGCUGGAUUUGCACCAAGAGAAGCACGACACCCAGGAAGAGGAAAGCCAAUCUUCUGAACAGAUCUCACAAAAUAUGCAGCCUGGCCCCUCACUCAUUGAACAGAUGCUUUCCAAUCACACUCCAAUUAAACAGGAGAAUUCCCUAGAAAACUGGAAUACUGAAUGUGCUGUUAAUCCAGAUCAUGGAAGGAUGCCAGUGUCCACUGAGAGACCUGUAGAAACCUUAGAACGAUACGAAGUCAAACAUGAACAACAGAAUAUGCCUUUCUCAUCCAGUCAUCCACAGAGUUUAAAUAAUUCUGUGAUUCAGCCUGUGAAUUCUCACUUGUCUGAUACUAAUAGACACAGAGAUGGUUCAGGUGGUCAUUCUUUAGAUUAUACGAGCCCACCCCAACAGAAUCAACCAAUACCUCCAUUUGAAGCUAGCUUAGGUAAUGUGACGCAUAACUAUAAUACAGAUGUCCCACAAGGUCGGCCACAAAUGUUCCACAGUAAUGCAACUACUGGAUCAGUGAGCUACAACUCUGGCUGCAAUUUAACAUUGCCAGGGCAACAAGGGCCAAUGUGUAAUAGCAAUCUGUCAACGGUAUCACCUCUCCAGAACUCUAUAGAGCCAGCAAUGUCACAACCACUUCCUCCAACAGUAACCCCACAGCCACUAACUGGGAACAGACCAGAGAACUCUGUGACAUCCUCAACUAGCACAGGUCCCCACCCAGGACAGAGAGAGCGAUUUCACUGUGCAUCUGAAACAUGUACAAGACACUACAGCUCCCAUAGAAGCGUUACCAAGCACAUGAAAACGGUUCACCCAGACUUCUACGAACAAUGGAAAGUUGCUCGAACUAAACUCAAGAUAACCUACGCUCCAGCACCGAGCAUGUCAUCUGUCGGACAUCUCAGUUCAGUUGUCUCAUUUCAGAACCAGCAGGGCAACAGUAUACCAGUUCAUGGAGUGCAGAGGCAGAAUGUUAUCCAAUCACCCCCUUAUGCUAACAUGGGUACAAGCACAAAAUAUAAUGCCCUACAUCCCCAUUCCUCAUCUGCCAACAACCACAGUGCUUCACAUGUGAUGGAAAAUGUUUUAAAUCCCAUUGUUCUUUCUCAGUUAGGAAGUGAUACACAUCCAGGUAGUCAAAAUUGGCCUUCAGUCCCUGGAAGUGAACAAAUUCCAAACUGUGGCUCUUCUCAAGUCUAUCCAUCUAACAUGCAAGCGAUCCCACAAGUUGAUUCUUCCAGUACUGCUCUGCCGCUUAGUGUCCCAUCUUGUUCUAUGAUGGGAUCAGCCAUGACCAGACCAGCAGCAUCUUUACAGUCACCACUAAUGGAAAAUGGGUCCCAAGCAGUUUUGCCUUCAUAUAUGGAUGGAGCUAAGGAAAUGUCACAACAAGCAACAAACAACUUGCUUUUGCCAUAUACAUCCCAGAUGCAAAGUGGUUUAGUCUGUGGUUCCGUGCCUCCAGAAAAAACAGAAUCAGUGCAAACACAUGUGCAGUCCAUUUUUUCUUCUCCAGACAUUGCCAGCCAAAAUAACUCUGGUAACAACCAACCUCAAAAUGCCCCUGUCAUCUCUGAAAACGUUUCUGAAAAUCAAAAGCCCGCCAAAAGAAACCGAAGGACCAAAUGGCCAGCUAUCCUUAGGGAUGGCAAAUUUAUUUGUUGCAGGUGUUUUAGAGAAUUUAAUAGUCCCAAAUCCCUCGGAGGUCAUUUGUCCAAGCGUGCAAGUUGUAAACCAUACGAUGAGUCUGAACUGAACACAGACCUGCCAGCGUCAUUUCUUGACCUCCUUAAUUCAGAGCAAACUGUCAGCACUGCCCAGCCCCAGUUGUCUUAUAAUCCUGCUGCUGUUUAUCAGAAGUCCCAUCAGUCAGUAACGAAUGGUUCAACAGCUCCAAAAGAUUACCCCACUGCUAGUUAUCCACAAGAUAAUUUGCCAGUAUAUGGGAAUGGUGAGACAAAUGAUGAUAUUCUUAAACAAAUCAUGACCGAAUCCAACAUGUCCGAUCUUUUUGUGCACACACAUGCUGCCCACCCAUUGUUCCGAAACCAGUGUGUUCCCUAUGGAGCUGGUGAACGUUUGCCAGGGAGCUCAGUCAUACAACAUACAGAAAAUGUCCAGCUGAAGCGAGAGGACAACUCGUAUAGUGAAGCUCAUUACCCCCAGCCAAGUGUUGAUACCUUUGCUGCAAGCGAAUUUCCAGACCCUCUUCUUUCUCAAAUGCUCACAGGAAACUCGUCCACUGCCGUUCCUGCAGGUGUCCCCACAAACCCCACUGAAGGCUAUCACUCUGAGAUCGCCAUUCAGACACCAGAUACAGAUUCAAACCCAGUGAUGCAGACACUGUUACCUGAUAGUCAGUUUAGUCCAGUAACAAGUAGCAAGCAGGCUGAGACACAAAGAAGGACAACUGACCAAGAUAUUAAAAAGAGACUGCGGGAGCAGAUUUUGGCUGGAGACUUUCAGCGUAGACACAGCUCAUGUCAUUCAAGCACUGACCCUAAUGCAAAUUCAAAGAAUCCCAUGUCUUUUGGUCCAUUGUGUAGUCCUUCCAAUAAUACUUGUGAUGCAAAGAGUGAAGGACAAGUCAUUCAAGAAAACUCUGCGAUCCCAGGACCCUCAGACGAAAUUGAGCAUCUACUGAACACACAGAGCUUUACUUCUUUCAGAGAGACCUCUACCCCGCAGAAGGAGGUUCUAAGCCCCAGAGGCAUCACAGCAAAUGAUGCAGAUCUCGAGCCCACUCAAUUAUCUGCCAGCCAGCAACAGUGGAUGACAGAAAUUCAAAGUGCAUUUGAGAGGCUCGACUUGGUCAGAGAAAUACCUGAUCAGUUGUCAGCUUCCAUGGUACAAAAUAGCAAUACUGCAAACAGCCAAGCAGGAGCUGCAAAGGUCUAUUUACCAAGCUCAACGACAUCAACAUCACCAAACUUUGUCAAGCCGUUUGCUUGUGAGAAUGAAAACUGCACAUUCAGUUCCAUGUCAGGUGAAGCUCUUUGGAAGCACCUGUCUAAAACACACAACUACACACUUGACAUGGUGAAUGUGGUUAAAAAAAGAUAUGGCCAAUAUGCUCCAUUCAAAUGUCAGAAAUGUAGUAAAGCAUUCACUCGUAACUCAAACCUUCGCACCCACUACCAGACAGCUCACCAAUUAUCAGCUAAGGAAAUUGCAGAUCUAGACAUGAAGCGCAGACAGGAAAAAACUGCUGCACUUGCUGCUAUUCAAAAACAGGCCCAAACCACAGCGGCUACUCAUUCUUCAGUGGAGAACAGAGCACAUCUGUAUUCACCCCAAGAUCCAGUAAAACGUGAAUGCCCAUCACAGGCAUUUGUACCACGUGCUAACGUGGACAUAAAUAAUACGAAAUUUCAAGAUGACAGUCGCUUGACAGUCAUUCAUCCUUUGCAACCAACUCCAGUGCACAACCAAGCAAUGACUCCACCAGUACAGGCCCAGACCUCCACCUUAGCGUUCCAGUCAGUACAAGCAGGCAUGGCAUCAGAACAGUGGUCACAUGGACACCAAAGAAACUUCCCCAAGGUGCCCACUCAACAUGCAAGUGGUCAACUAGUCGGAGCCCCUUUGCCCAAAAUGUCAGCCCCUCUUGCCCACACUCUGUCUGCCAUGCCUCAGAUGAAUGGACCCCUGUAUCCCAACAAACCAUCUGCAAUCAACAGUCAGUCCAAUAUAGAGAUUUCUAAGAAGACAAAAGAGAAGAAGCCCAACUCAGGUGACGCCAUGAGUCCAUAUAGACCAUAUCGCUGCGUUCAUCAAGGCUGUGUGGCAGCCUUCACUAUCCAGCACAAUCUGAUCCUCCACUACAGGGCAGUUCAUCAGUCUGCUUUGUCAGCAUUAGAGGUGAACAAAGAGCAGGACCAGAGUGAGGGACUGGAUGAAGUAAUGGACCACGAUGAGGAGGAUCCAGAGGCAGACAUCCCCAAAAUUUAUGAAUUCAGAUGUCAAGUCAAAGACUGCUCCAGGGUUUUCCAAGAAGUUCCCAACCUUUUGCAGCAUUAUCUUCAGCUGCAUGAGUUCAGUCUUGAUAAGGUUGGGAAUAUCUUGUCCAGCAUCAAACUUGGCAAGUUUACCUGUGGCCACCAAGGAUGCACAGCAUCUUUUACUGGUUUCUCGAAGUAUGUAGGACACGUCAAAGAACAGCAUAAAGAUAUGAAGCUAGCCAAACCUGAACAAUUAAAUGGCUCGUUCAAGUGUGAAAUUGAAGGCUGUGACCGUUCAUAUGCCACAAAGUCAAACCUGCUCAGACAUGUCAUGAAAAAGCAUCAAGACCUGUACCAGCCCAAACUAAAGAAUCAACGGAUAAAAGAAGAUGGGAUGAAACAGAGCUCUAAGACUUUGCUUUACCAAAUUACCAAGACAAGUAAUGGGAAGGAAAACAUUGAGAGCAAUAAAAAGAUUCUACAGCGGGGAAAUGAGGCAAAGAGAGUUGGCAAAGUAAAAAAUAAUCACUGGACUAAAUAUGGAAAACCCUCCUUGAAAUCAAAAGUGGAGGCAUCCGCCAUGUGCACAAAGAAAUUUCCUCUACAGUACCCCUGUAUGAUUAAAGGUUGUGAGUCAGUCAUGAAAUCAGAGCGGAGCAUUUUAAAACAUUACAUUGGACACGGACUGUCAGAAAAGUACCUGGAACAGCAGAGGAGUCAUUUCAUAUUCUGCAAAAAGUUCCCCAGACAGAAAUGCCGCUCCAUCAGGAGUGAUGAUUCCAAGUCGGACAACACCUCUGACCUGUCAGACAACGAGUUGACAGCAGAACCCAGUCUGGAAGGAGGGGAAUAUGAAUAUUCAAAGCCUGUCCUACGCAAAAGGGCAGCAGCAGGCAGCAUCCCUGCUGCAUUGUUUGACAGCAAAUUGUCAAAUGAUGAAAGUUCAGAUGGCUCUGUGGUGCUGAAGCGAAAACGAGGACGUCCACGAAAACUGAUCGGGAAAAUUGUGAAACGUAAGAAAAUUCCACGUACGACCAAGGUCGCCGUGGUGUACAGCAGGGACGAUGAAUCAGACUCCUCUUGCCCUGCAGUAAUACAGGAGGAGACUCUGGCUGAGCAGAGCGCUCCACUGGCUGCUUUUAAACCAAUGGGAUUCGAAAUGUCUUUCUUAAAGUUUCUGGAACAGUCAAAUAAAUGUGAGCAUCCCUUGACACGGAAAGUUGAGGUACCGGAAACGUGGAAAAAACCAUCCAAUCCGAACACCAAAGACACGUGUGUCAGGUUCAACAACCGUCAGAAUUUGAAAUCACUUAGUAAGGUGAAAGUAAUUAUAGACAAGGCCUUCUCCGAUGUCGCAGACAUGAUGUUGAAACAGCUGCAGGAAAUGUGGCCCACCAUACUUUUGGAAAAAAGUGACUGACUUGUCUUUUUAUUUUUGAGAAGCAGAAUCUCAGGACUAGAAUGAGUAAAAUCUGCUGCAGACUGGUGCCCUACUUGUUUUUUACACAUCCUGUUAUUUAAAUAAAAAAAAGGAAAAAAAAGUUGUUAUGAAAUAUACUGUAAUACCGUCUGUACGAUUUUUGUCUUUUUUUUAAUAGAAUAGUGUAUAGCAUGUUUUUAUUUAUGGACUGUAAAGUCAAAAACAGUCUGAACAUUUGGCUGGAAACUGAAAUGUGGGACUCAGACAGAUGAACUAUGAAAUGGAUUGUCUUGUGUGUAGUUCGUGAUUUGAAGAUGUUGAUUAUCGUGUGGUGUAUAUAGUUUGAAAUCACUCACUGCCACCAGCAGUCUUACUAUUAAAAUGAACAGCUUUUUUACAACCAGUUUGACUUGUUUGGUUUGUUUUUUUAUGGUGUCGAGUUUGUAGCGGAUGCAUGCAAACUGAAUGGAAAAUGAUUUUGUUGAAGUUGUUCAAUUAAAAACAAAUGGGCU